AUGUACUUGGUCGUGCUGGAUGGAGUUCAGUCAUUGAAUCAAUGGAAAAGACUUAAAGAUGCCUUCCCAGAUCGACAAAAUGGGAGCAAGAUCAUCCCUACCACCCGCGAUGAGCGAGUAGCGAUGCAUGCUGAUCCAAUGGGGAUGCAGAUAUAUAAUUUGAAGAAGCUCAGCGAGGAAGAGAGCUGGGCUUUGUUCAUAAGAAAGGAGGGCGAGAAGUGGUCGGAAACAGUCAAGAAGAUCGACAGAAACUGGCAAGCCUCAGACAUUAUGAAGUUUAGCUACAAUGAUCUGGAUCACUGUUUCAUCUAUAUGACACUGUUUCCCAGAGAGCUUGACAUUCCAGUGAGGAGGCUCGGCUUGCUGAGGGUUCUUGAUUUGGAGGGAGUCUACCAGCCUAAUUUGCCCGACAACCUAGGUGACUUGUUUCAUUUGAGGUAUCUGGGAUUGCGAUGGACUUUCUUGGAUAAGCUUCCUAAAUCAGUUGGUGAACUCCCUUAUCUCCAAACGUUAGACUUGAAGCAUACACGCAUCGACAAGAUCCAGACAACCAUUUGGAAACUGAAGAAUCUCCAGCAUCUCAAUCUCGAUGAAGACAAGGAAACGCCUCUGUAUUGCCGCGAGUCCUUGCCCGAUCUCCUGACACUUUGGGGAUUAUCAGUCAGCCACGAGAGCCGGAUCAAAAAUGGUUUGAGCAAGAUGAAACACCUGAGAGAAUUAGGCAUUACUUUCCAAGAGAGAGUUCAAGGUCAAUCUACAGAUGCUUUGGUGAAAUGGAUUUCUGAGCUAAAGGAUCUUCAAUCAUUGAGGUUGCGAUCCAAAGAUGAUUGUGGGAAACCUUCGGAUCUUAGUUUAUGGCAAUUUUCAGGAUUGACAAAUCUUUCUCACAUGAAGUUACUUGGGAAGCUGCAACAACUUCCAACCUUGGAUCAGUUCCCACCUCGUAUUAAGGUUCUCACAUUAUCAUUGUCAAAUCUAACCAAAGAUCCCAUGCCAAUUCUUGGGCAGCUCUCGGAUUUAACAGUUUUGAGGCUGCUCGGUAACUCAUUCGUCGGGGAGGAAAUGGUCUGCCCGAGUGAAAGCUUUAAGAACCUUGAGGUUCUAAAACUCUGGGUGCUCCAAGAUCUCAAGGAAUGGAAACUCAAAGAGGUCAACAUUAGAAGGUGUUCCAAACUUGAAAACUUCCCAGCCAGCUUGCUGGAGCAGGAAACAUUCCAAGAUUUGAUCUUGAACAACAUGCCCUCUGAGUUCAAGAAUAAUAUUGCCAACGAGUAUCAGUGGAAGGUUUCCAUCAAAGAUUUCUAA